AUGGAACUAAUUAACAAAAGCCAUCCUGAAGAGUUUAUUCUACUAGGCUUUGCUGACCGUCCUUGGCUAGAGCUUCCUGUAUUCAUUAUUCUGCUUAUAACAUACCCCAUGGCCAUGAUGGGAAACAUAGCCAUCAUUCUGGUGUCCAAAUUAGAACCCCGUCUGCACAGCCCCAUGUAUUUCUUCCUCACCAACCUCUCCUUUUUGGACAUGUGCUACACCACAAGCAUUGUCCCUCAGAUGCUCUUUAACCUGGGAACGUCUAAGAAGACUAUCAGCUAUAUGGGGUGUGCAGUUCAGCUUUAUUUCUUCCACAUAAUGGGGGGCACAGAAUGUCUGCUUUUGGCUGUUAUGUCUUUUGAUCGCUACGUGGCCAUCUGCAAGCCUCUACACUACACCCUCAUCAUGAAUCAGCGCGUCUGUAUCUUAUUAGUGGCCACCGUGUGGCUGAGUGGAAUGACCUAUGCUGUCUCAGAGGCCACUGUCACAUUACAGUUACCACUGUGUGGUCACAAUACCCUGGACCACUUGGUAUGUGAGAUUCCUGUUCUGAUAAAGACUGCCUGUGGUGAAAAGGGUGCUAAUGAGCUCACACUCUCUGUGGUAUGCAUUUUUUUCUUAGCUGUACCACUGUGCUUAAUUCUUAUUUCCUAUGCUUGCAUUGGACAUGCUGUAUUUAAGAUUAAAUCUUUGGAGGGAAGGAAAAAAGCCUUUGGGACGUGUUCCUCCCAUCUCAUAGUAGUUUUCUUAUUUUAUGGCCCAGCCAUUAGCAUGUACCUUCAGCCCCCCUCCUCCAUCUCAAGGGACCAGCCCAAGUUCAUGGCUCUCUUCUAUGGAGUGGUGACUCCUGCACUCAACCCUUUCAUCUACACUCUGAGGAAUAAGGAUGUAAAGGGGGCACUGGGCAACCUCAUGAGGAGUGUAUUCACUUGCAAGUGA